UCCGCGGCGCGCCCGGGCCGGAGUGCCUGGUGAAGAAUGUGAUGGGAUCACUAGCAUGUCUGCGGAGAGCGGCCCUGGGACGAGAUUGAGAAAUCUGCCAGUAAUGGGGGAUGGACUAGAAACUUCCCAAAUGUCUACGACGCAGGCCCAGGCCCAACCUCAGCCAGCCAACGCAGCCAGCACCAACCCCCCGCCCCCAGAGACCUCCAACCCUAACAAGCCCAAGAGGCAGACCAACCAACUGCAAUACCUGCUCAGAGUGGUGCUCAAGACACUAUGGAAACAUCAGUUUGCGUGGCCUUUCCAGCAGCCUGUGGAUGCCGUCAAGCUGAACCUCCCUGAUUACUAUAAGAUCAUUAAAACGCCUAUGGAUAUGGGAACAAUAAAGAAGCGCUUGGAAAACAACUAUUACUGGAAUGCUCAGGAAUGUAUCCAGGACUUCAACACUAUGUUUACAAAUUGUUACAUCUACAACAAGCCUGGAGAUGACAUAGUCUUAAUGGCAGAAGCUCUGGAAAAGCUCUUCUUGCAAAAAAUAAAUGAACUACCCACAGAAGAAACCGAGAUCAUGAUAGUCCAGGCGAAAGGAAGAGGACGUGGGAGGAAAGAAGCAGGGACAGCAAAACCUGGCGUUUCCACGGUACCAAACACAACUCAAGCAUCAACUCCUCCGCAGACCCAGACCCCUCAGCCGAAUCCUCCUCCUGUGCAGGCCACGCCUCACCCCUUCCCUGCUGUCACCCCAGACCUCAUCGUCCAGACCCCUGUCAUGACAGUGGUGCCUCCCCAGCCACUGCAGACACCCCCGCCGGUGCCCCCCCAGCCACAACCCCCACCCGCUCCAGCUCCCCAGCCUGUACAGAGCCACCCACCCAUCAUCGCGGCCACCCCACAGCCUGUGAAGACAAAGAAAGGAGUGAAGAGGAAAGCAGACACCACCACCCCCACCACCAUUGACCCCAUUCACGAGCCACCCUCACUGCCCCCGGAGCCCAAGACCACCAAGCUGGGCCAGCGGCGGGAGAGCAGCCGGCCUGUGAAACCUCCAAAGAAGGACGUGCCCGACUCUCAGCAGCACCCGGCACCAGAGAAGAGUAGCAAGGUCUCAGAGCAGCUCAAGUGCUGCAGCGGCAUCCUCAAGGAGAUGUUUGCCAAGAAGCACGCCGCCUAUGCCUGGCCCUUCUACAAGCCUGUGGACGUGGAGGCACUGGGCCUGCAUGACUACUGUGACAUCAUCAAGCACCCCAUGGACAUGAGCACAAUCAAGUCUAAACUGGAGGCCCGUGAGUACCGUGAUGCUCAGGAGUUUGGUGCUGACGUCCGAUUGAUGUUCUCCAACUGCUAUAAGUACAACCCUCCUGACCACGAGGUGGUGGCCAUGGCCCGCAAGCUCCAGGAUGUGUUCGAAAUGCGCUUUGCCAAGAUGCCGGAUGAGCCUGAGGAGCCAGUGGUGGCUGUGUCCUCCCCGGCAGUGCCCCCUCCCACCAAGGUUGUGGCCCCGCCCUCCUCCAGCGACAGCAGCAGCGAUAGCUCCUCAGACAGUGACAGUUCGACUGAUGACUCUGAGGAGGAGCGAGCCCAGCGGCUGGCUGAGCUCCAGGAGCAGCUCAAAGCCGUCCACGAGCAGCUUGCAGCCCUCUCUCAGCCCCAGCAGAACAAACCAAAGAAAAAGGAGAAAGACAAGAAGGAAAAGAAAAAAGAAAAGCACAAAAGGAAAGAGGAAGUGGAAGAGAAUAAAAAAAGCAAAGCCAAGGAACCUCCUCCCAAAAAGACAAAGAAAAAUAAUAGCAGCAACAGCAGUGCGAGCAAGAAGGAGCCAGCGCCCAUGAAGAGCAAGCCCCCUCCCACGUAUGAGUCGGAGGAAGAGGACAAGUGCAAGCCUAUGUCCUAUGAGGAGAAGCGGCAGCUCAGCCUGGACAUCAACAAGCUCCCCGGCGAGAAGCUGGGCCGCGUGGUGCACAUCAUCCAGUCACGGGAGCCCUCGCUGAAGAACUCCAACCCCGACGAGAUUGAGAUCGACUUUGAGACCCUGAAGCCGUCCACACUGCGUGAGCUGGAGCGCUAUGUCACCUCCUGUUUGCGGAAGAAAAGGAAACCUCAAGCUGAGAAAGUUGAUGUGAUUGCCGGCUCCUCCAAGAUGAAGGGCUUCUCGUCCUCAGAGUCGGAGAGCUCCAGUGAGUCCAGCUCCUCUGACAGCGAAGACUCCGAAACAGAGAUGGCUCCGAAGUCAAAAAAGAAGGGGCACCCCGGGAGGGAGCAGAAGAAGCACCAUCAUCACCACCAUCAGCAGAUGCAGCAGGCCCCGGCUCCUGUGCCCCAGCAGCCGCCCCCGCCUCCCCAGCAGCCCCCACCGCCUCCACCUCCGCAGCAGCAACAGCAGCCGCCGCCCCCGCCUCCCCCACCCUCCAUGCCUCAGCAGGCAGCCCCGGCGAUGAAGUCCUCGCCCCCACCCUUCAUUGCCACCCAGGUGCCCGUCCUGGAGCCCCAGCUCCCAGGCAGCGUCUUUGACCCCAUCGGCCACUUCACCCAGCCCAUCCUGCACCUGCCGCAGCCCGAGCUGCCCCCUCACCUGCCCCAGCCGCCUGAGCACAGCACUCCACCCCAUCUCAACCAGCACGCGGUGGUCUCUCCUCCAGCUUUGCACAACGCGCUGCCCCAGCAGCCAUCACGGCCCAGCAACCGAGCCGCUGCCCUGCCUCCCAAGCCCGCCCGGCCCCCAGCCGUGUCACCAGCGUUGACCCAACCACCCCUGCUCCCACAGCCCCCCAUGGCCCAACCACCCCAAGUAUUGCUGGAGGAUGAAGAGCCACCUGCCCCACCCCUCACCUCCAUGCAGAUGCAGCUGUACCUGCAGCAACUGCAGAAGGUGCAGCCCCCUACGCCGCUACUCCCUUCCGUGAAGGUGCAGUCCCAGCCCCCGCCCCCCCUGCCGCCCCCACCCCACCCUUCUGUGCAGCAGCAGCUGCAGCAGCAGCCGCCACCACCUCCGCCGCCCCAGCCCCAGCCCCCGCCCCAGCAGCAGCAUCAGCCCCCUCCACGGCCCGUGCACUUGCAGCCCAUGCAAUUCUCCACCCACAUCCAACAGCCCCCACCACCCCAGGGCCAGCAGCCCCCUCACCAGCCCCCGGGCCAGCAGCCACCCCCGCCACAGCCUGCCAAGCCUCAGCAAGUCAUCCAGCAUCACCAUUCACCCCGGCACCACAAGUCAGACCCCUACUCAACCGGUCACCUCCGUGAAGCCCCCUCCCCGCUUAUGAUACAUUCCCCCCAGAUGUCACAGUUCCAGAGCCUGACCCACCAGUCUCCACCCCAGCAAAACGUCCAGCCUAAGAAGCAGGUAACGGGCAGGGCUGGGCCAUAGUCUCCAGGGCCAGGCGUGGACCGGGGCCGGGGGUGCCUGCUCACCUCACCAGCUGCUGUGCCUGUGCCAUCCCAGGAGCUGCGUGCAGCCUCCGUGGUCCAGCCCCAGCCCCUGGUGGUGGUGAAGGAGGAGAAGAUCCACUCACCCAUCAUCCGCAGUGAGCCCUUCAGCCCCUCGCUGCGGCCGGAGCCCCCCAAGCACCCGGAGAGCAUCAAGGCCCCCGUCCAUCUGCCCCAGCGGCCGGAGAUGAAGCCUGUGGAUGUCGGGAGGCCUGUGAUCCGGCCCCCUGAGCAGAACGCACCGCCACCGGGGGCCCCUGACAAGGACAAACAGAAACAGGAGCCGAAGACUCCGGUUGCACCCAAAAAGGACCUGAAAAUCAAGAACAUGGGCUCCUGGGCCAGCCUAGUGCAGAAGCAUCCAACAACCCCCUCCUCCACAGCCAAGUCAUCCAGCGACAGCUUUGAGCAGUUUCGCCGUGCUGCUCGGGAGAAGGAGGAGCGUGAGAAGGCCCUGAAGGCUCAGGCCGAGCACGCUGAGAAGGAGAAGGAGCGGCUGCGGCAGGAGCGCAUGAGGAGCCGAGAGGAUGAGGAUGCGCUGGAGCAGGCCCGGCGGGCUCAUGAAGAGGCUCGCCGGCGCCAGGAGCAGCAGCAGCAGCAGCAGCAGCGCCAGGAGCAACAGCAGCAGCAGCAGCAACAAGCGGCUGCGGUGGCUGCCGCAGCCACCCCCCAGGCCCAGAGCUCCCAGCCCCAGUCCAUGCUGGACCAGCAGAGGGAGUUGGCCCGGAAGCGGGAGCAGGAGCGAAGACGCCGGGAAGCCAUGGCAGCUACCAUUGACAUGAAUUUCCAGAGUGAUCUAUUGUCAAUAUUUGAAGAAAAUCUUUUCUGAGCGCACCUAGGUGGCUUUUGACUUUGAUUUUCUGGCAAAACAUUGACUUUCCAUAGUGUUAGGGGCGGCGGUGCAGGUGGGAGCAGUGGCCAGGGGAUGCCUCAGGGCCUGGCCCUCCUGCAUGCUGUGCCCGGGGCAGGCCUGACGGGCAGCUGAGGAUUGCAGAGCCUGUCUGCCUUACGGCCAGUCGGACAGACGUCCCGCCACCCACCACCCCGCACAGGACGUCUGCUCAGCGCACGCCUUGUUACAAGCAAGUGCCGGCUGGACCCAAGCCCUGCAUCCCCAUGUGCGGGGCAGAGGCCCUUCUCUCCGCCAAAUGUCUACACAGUAUACACAGGACAUCGUUGCUGCCGCCACCGUGACUGGUUUUCUGUCCCCAAGAACGUGACGUUCGUGACAUCCUGCCCGCCAGGAGUCCUUCCCCACACCCCAGCAAUCGCCGCCCGCUCUCAGGAGGCCAGGGCAGGCCUGCGUGGGCUGGAAGCGGGCGAGGCCAGCCCACCCCCUCGCUGGCACUGACUUUGCCUUGAACAGACCCCCCCGACCCUCCCCCACAAGCCUUUAAUUGAGAGCCGCUCUCUGUAAGUGUUUGCUUGUGCAAAAGGGAAUAGUGCCGUGGAGGUGUGUGUGUCCAUGGCAUCCGGAGCGAGGCGACUGUCCUGUGUGGGUAGCCCUCGGCCGGGGAGUGAGGCCGCCAACCAAAGUCAGUUCCUUCCCACCUGUGUUUCUGUUUUUUUUUUUUUUUUCUAUAUAUAUUUUUUGUUGAAUUCUAUUUUAUUUUUAAUUCUCUCUUCUCCUCCAGACACAAUGGCACUGCUUAUCUCCGAAAUGGUGUGAUCGUCUCCUCAUUGAGCAGCGGCUGCCACCGCGCUGUGGGUAGUGUGUGACCGUGGCUGUACUGUAUAGUGAACAUAGUUGGCAUACCUUUGUUUGAAGUUUGUUGGUGACUCCACCAAACUGGUGUAAAGAAAAAAGCUCAAAAAAAUCCACAAAAAAGACAAAACACACAAAAAAAUCCUGCCUAUAUUUUACUCAGUUUCAAACUUUAUUAGUCUAUUUUUAAUUAUAAAACCAGAAAGCUGCGAUUUCUUUUCCUUCCCCUCCCCCACCCCACCCAUUUGUUGGCUUUUUUGUUUUUUAAUGUCAGAUCUGUUGAGUUGGUUUUUUUUUGUUGUUGUUGGUUUUGUUUUUUUACUGAGAAAGGAAGGGCCAAGGGAUGAGGUGGGCACCAGACCCUGGGGGCGCCACAGACUGCGACUCCCCCACCUGGCGCCCAGCCCUGACCAGCUGGCCGUUCCUGCCUGUGCUUUCUUUUUUUUUUUUUUUUUUUUUUUUAAUUUUAUAAUUGGACCCCUUGGUGAGGUUACGCGUGCCAUGAGAACCCACUCUACACCACGACGCUGGUGCCUCAGUGUUGGCCAAACUCUGGAGUCACUGACUGGUUUGACUUUCAUACGGUGAAUAUGCAUUUGGUCUGUACUGAUCAUGGAAUAAACACAUCUCUCUUUUUUAAUGCUGGCGUCUCCCUGACAUUUCUUUGUGAACUGUUGCCUAGGCUAGGCCCAGGGGAUCCCCUGGACCCCAGACCACCUCUGUACAGGAUCUACCGCCAGGGGUUACCUAGCCCCUCUCCUGUGACCUGUCCCUGUCUGCCCUGGGCAGGAGCCAUGCAGGGUCAUACCAACCACCCCAAGCUGAAGCUGUGACACAGAGCCCAGUACCCAUCCUUGUAGACCCUGGCCGAGGUGGAGGGUGUACUCCAGCAGAACCCUGGCCAAACUCCAGACAGUAUUCUUCCCCUCCACGCUACUCCAUCCUGUCUCCCAUUCACCAAAGGUCUUGGGCCACUUCUACCUUGCCUGCCUCAACCUAACUCCUCCUUUCAUUUAAGCUCAGGGUUAACCAGAUAUUCUUAGAUAAGUCUACGUCCCCCAAAAUAGAAUCCUAACCCCCCAUGCAUAUACACACACACGUGCACAUUGCUGCCCCAGAACGCCCACAGGUGGCCACCCUGCCUGUGUGCCCACCUGUGUAUGCACAUGCCCCAGCCACAAGGCACGGGUGACGGCCAAGAAGAGCCCCUAAGAUGUAAGAUACAAGUAUAUAAUUUAUAUGUAUGUAGAGACAAACUGAAACAUUUCCAGCACUGUUUAUUAACCUACAUCCCCUCUUUUUGACCUUUCAAGGUCCUUUAUUGUCUUUGGAUCUGCCAAAUCUCCCUGUGAGGGUGUGGUUCAGGCAUCCAGCCAGAGGCCCCCCCACUUCCUCUUUGUCCCUGCCCACUGAGGCACUUCCUCAUAUACCACUGUGCCGCUUCAAGUGUGACGUAUUUAGGUUCUUUGGGGUUUCUUCCAUCUCAUCCCACCCCCUCAAUUGUUGUUCCUUGUUUUGUUCAGACACUUCCCCAGGCUGGGUCCAACUGCUGAGCUGGAUAGUUUUCUCUGCACCUUCCUGCUGAAGAUUUAACUCUGCCAUGGCCUUCUCCACACCUCCCUGAUGGGUGUCUCUCUAACUGGGUUGUAAUUAGAACUGGGAUCUAUUUAAUUUCUCCAGCCAUUUCCCAACCCUUCCCACAGUACUAGAAAUCUUAGUCCUAUACCAGAGUAAGAGGUGUGUACAAGCCCCCACUGUACUGUAUGCACGGAUCGCUUGGCCAAUAAUUAUGUCAGUGAAUCUGAGACUUGUAUUAAACACUUUAGACAUUUGUAGAAGGGAAUUCAUAGAGUUUUCACUUAUAUACGAAAGGUUUUUUUUUUUGUGCAGUUCUCAUUGCAAAAAUAAACAUUUGUACUGAAUAUAAA